AUGUCGCGCCCUGAGGAUAUCCUGCCCCCAGACCUGUUCUACAACGACAAUGAGUCGCGCAAGUAUACAAAGUCUUCGCGAAUUCGCAACAUUCAGGCGAGCAUGACCGACCGUGCCCUGGAACUCCUCGAUCUCAAGUCUCCGUCUUUGAUUCUUGACCUGGGAUGUGGCUCUGGUCUUUCCGGCGAAAUGCUGUCAGAAGUAUCACCGGAUGAAGGUGGCCCGCACAUGUGGAUCGGCAUGGAUAUUUCACCCAGCAUGCUGGACGUGGCCCUCCAGCGUGAGGUGGACGGAGAUCUCUUCCUCGCCGACAUUGGCCAAGGUGUGCCGUUCCGCCCCGGUGCGUUCGAUGCCGCAAUCAGUAUCAGUGCCAUCCAGUGGCUCUGCAACGCGGAAACCAGCGAUGUGACCGCCGAAGGUCGUCUCCGUCGCUUCUUCGAGGGCCUCUACGCCAGUCUCCGCCGAGGUGGCCGUGCGGUCUGCCAGUUCUAUCCCAAAAACGAUACCCAGCGGAGUAUGAUCAGUGGAGCCGCAAUUAAGGCUGGCUUUGGCGCCGGUAUUCUCGAAGACGACCCAGGUACCAAGAGCAGCAAGUUAUAUCUGGUUUUGACAGUGGGAGGUGGUGGUCUUCCAGGCGAUAUCACCGGCGUGGUGAACGGCAUGGACGACGUGAGUGUUUUGGACGCACGACGAAAGGCCCAGGAGAUCAAUAAUGCCCGGGGUCCCCCUCGCAAAGGUGACAAAGCCUGGAUUAUGAACAAAAAGGAACAGAUGCAGAAGAAGGGCAAGGUUGUGAAGUCCAACUCCAAGUUCACCGGCCGUAAGCGCCGCAUCGCUUUCUGA